AACAACAGCAGGAGGAAACGUCAUGAUCUCGCACAUGCGCACAAAGCGCUGGACGGUAAAUGAUCUCGUUUCCUUGGCAGAUACUUGAAGCGAAAGAGAAGCUGAGUGAAUAUAGGAGAAGAACACUGAGAAAGGGAAACUGAAGCAUGGCUGUUAGGCUCGACCUGCACGGGCUGUUUGAAAACAACAGUACCUUCGACUACAGCGACUAUGAAUAUAAAUCGGACUGCACCAGGACGACGUCCUUUGUGGCCAUAUUCGUCUCCAUUCUGUACUCUGUGGCACUUGUGCUGGGGCUGGUGGGUAACAUCCUGGUGCUGGUUGUGCUGUGGCAGAAGAGGCGCAGCUGGAGUGUGACAGAUGCCUUCGUGCUUCACCUGAGCAUGGCCGACAUGCUGCUUCUCCUCACCGUGCCAGUAUGGGCAGCGGAUGCUGUGCAAGGGUGGAGCUUUGGCACUGGAUUCUGCAAGCUGGCUGGAGCACUUUUUAAGAUCAACUUCUGCUGCAGUAUCUUCCUGCUGGUCUGCAUCGGCCUGGAUCUGUACUUUUCCGUAGUUCAUGCAGGGCAGAUGUGCUCACGCACAAGGCCCUGGCAGGUGCAGCUCAUCUGCCUGGCUGUUUGGUUCUUCUGUCUUCUUCUCUCCAUCCCUGACUGGAUGUACCUGAAGGCUGCAAGUGGCUCUGAGCCAGAGGAUUAUACUGAGUGUGUGUAUGAGUACCCAUCUGAAGCAUCACGUCUGGCUUCACAGUUGCUCUACCUUAUGUUAGGCUUCUUGCUUCCUGCCAUAGUGCUGCUCUGCUGUUAUGCAUGUGUCCUGCCACAGUUCAGAUCUGAUCAGCGUGUGCAGAAGAAGAGAGCCGUCAUUCUUGCCCUCGUGUUGGCCUUUUUCAUCAGCUGGACACCCUACAGCAUUGCUCUGCUAUCGGACACUUUCCAUUUUUCAUCCAACAAAUCCAAGGGAGAUUGUGAAGAUCGCAGGUGGACUGCAGUGAGAAGCACAGCUGUUCUAGGUUUCCUUCACUCCUGCUCCAACCCUCUCAUCUAUUUCUGCUUUUCAGAAAAAUUCAGACACUGGGUGUUAACUAUCGUGAAGUGUGGCAGUUGUGCAGUGGACAGUGGUGAUUUUUUCCCAUGGGAUUCAAGAGAAAUUGAAGAAGCUACUUCUGUUCCACAGGAGGAGAAAGGACCACUACACCAAAUGAAUGAUAUUGAACGGUCUACUCCACAGCAGAAGAAUGGUGAAAUACUUUGAGCACAAUACAGACUGACGAGAUUCGCCACUUAAAAUUAUGUUAUUUUUAAUCCUAAUAUUUACUCAGGUAAUAAAAUAAUGGACUUAGGGUGGAUGUUAGAAACUGAAAUGCUGUUUUGUAAAAGGGGAUAACUUUCACAGAGCCAUAUCACUUGACUAACCACCUUGACGAACCACUUGGUGCACAAGUGCUCGGUAGCCGGCUCGAUAUAGGCUCCCGGGGUCUCGUUAAUAAAAGCGUGCAUAGAAUAAGUUCUAAAUUUGUGUGUAAGUACUUCCAGUACAUACACUGGUAUUUAUAACAUGUGCAUACACAUAGCUAAAUUCCACACAUUCUAAAUUGCUCUGCUCAUGCACAGCCACACACACACAAAUGAACAUAUAUGGUUAAAAAUGUCCCUUUAAAAAGCACUGCCUGCUUGUGGUACUGCUUGUUGCAGUAUGAAGUAAAGAUACUUUUACACUAAGUAGAGUAAAUCCAAAAUGGUUUAUUUGGGACUUUUACUGGUAGUUUUAUCAAAGAAUAUUUUAUGAUCAUAUGUGUGCAUUCUUUUGCCCCAAAUACAUUUAGAAAACCUGCCAUGGCAUGUAAAUCCCUCACUGUUUUCCACUGCAGUAUUUGGAAAUGUAGUGUAUUGUAGCAUGAGCAAUAUGAAUGAAGGAACGAUGGGUCAUUAUUCAGCUUGGAAAUGUCAGAUCUGUCUCUAGAUUCUUGUUAAAAUGUGCCUGUGGCUAAAAACCCUAGUGUAGAAAUCAGCUAAAAUUGCAUUGGACAAAUGAAAUUAUCACUGUCAGCAAAGAGUUUCCUGUGCUUUCCACCCUGCACUUAAAUACAUUUCUUCCUUCUGCAAAGCUCUGUGUGCCCAAUCUUAAAUAAGGCAUCAUCCUAAUCAAUAGAUUAGAACUAGAAACGGACUGUGGUGAAAGCUAAAAUAUCUCUGAAAACACAUGCAGUUCUGAUAUUCCACAGCACAGCAUGCCAUUUUUAACAAAGCAUGAUUUUUCUCUUUAGAGAGACUCAAUUUAUUUUCACUUUUUAUUUCUGUUUUAUGGGUCUUUCAUCAGCAUGGAGCACAAUGACUGAUAAAGAGUCUAUAAUGUGUAUAGCAUUACCAUAUUUACAUUACCAAAUAUUUUUUGUAGCUGUUUUAAUUGUGUUUUAUACUUUCUUCUUUAUAAGAAUUGUGUAAGCUGUUCUUGUUUUCUUGGGUGGGGUUUGUAAUUUCCUGUCUUUGCUGUAUCCUUGAUAUAUAAUGUUUUUUUUUUAAUUAAAUAUAUUUUAUAUAUUUCAUAAUAUCCUAUUAUAAAAGGAAUAAUUUUUUUUCUUCCUUUUUUGGACUUGGGAAAAUUAGGUUGUAUAUAACCCAUUUUACUUUACUUUAAUAUAUAUGUUUUAAUAUAUGGCUAAAUGUGUACUGAUAUCAAUAUCAGUGUUGUAAACUAUGUAGCUAUUUUGUUUUGUCUUUUGGUGUGCUUAAAAUGGGAGUGCACUGUGUCACACGAUAAUGAAUUCAUGUUCUUACUUACUUACUUAUGAGGGGAAUCAUAAUGAUUUCCCUCACUGACAUCAUGAGAUGAUUUCCUUUGUUGCAACACUGUUUGUGAGCCAGAGUCAUGUGCUUUCUCCUUGACGGGCUGUGUUGUUUCCAGUAUUGCAUAGGUCAUAUCAGUUAUUCUGGAAGAAGUGCUUUCUUGGGAUUUCCCAUGGAACCGGGUUUUGCAACAUGUGAUAACUAUUUUUAAUGGAGUGCCUUUGGACAGACAAGCAGCUUUCAGCUAUUACAGACAUUUAAGGAAUCACAAAACAAGACUUUUUCGUCCUUCCUGUGAGCUGCAUGUACGUACGAUGUUGUUCAAAAGAGGAAGGAGAAGCAAUGCAUUAAGAAGAAACAAAUGUGAAGACAUCAUGAUGAAUCAUAGUCAUAUACAUUCAUAUACAGCCUGAAUUAUAAUGUCAUAUACAAAUACAAAAUCGCACUUUACUGUAUCUACUGAAGUAACCAUUGAAGGAAAUAUGGAUUUCUUGAAAAGAAAAGUAAAUGUUACUUAUGACAAAAUAUCGGCUUGUCACAGCUUCUCUGAGUGAAAGCUUACAUUUCUUGGUAAUGAAGACGAAACCUAUGUUUCCACACAGCAGUUCUUUUCAAUGUUUGCAAUGAGUCAGCUUUAACACUCACAAUGUUACAUGAUGAUUUUAAGAGUUCUGAGUAGCCGUGUAUGUAUGUGUGUGUGUAUGUGUGUGUUUUACAAAAACUGUGUGUGUGUGUGUC